AUGUUCCCUGUGGCUAGGGCCGCUCUAAACCUCACCGCUCACGUUCAGCACACCGCAGUAAGACGAGCUCAUUGCAAACACGAGCCUGACUUCCAUGCUAAAUAUGGAAGGCUGGUAGUCCUUGGUGGAGCUGCAGUUUUCAGUGUUGUCUGGGGAUGUGCACUUACACAAAUAGGAAUAGAGUGGGGCUUUUCACCUGUUGGCAGAGUCACUCCGAAAGAAUGGAGAGACUAACAGCCUUUGC